AGAGAGAGAGAGAGAGAGAGAGAGAGAGAGAGAGAGAGAGAGCGGGUUUGUGUGUGGUGGUGGGUGUGGCGAUGGCGGGGAGGGGGGCGAGAUCGUCGUCUCCCACUUCCUGUAUUGGGAGGUGGAGAAAUUUAUCGGCAAGUUUUCUAUUGCUGUUGUUUUGCUCGCUCCGUGUGGCGUUUGUCGCCUCCGAUGCGGAUUUCAUCCCCGGUCCCGAGGCGCAGGGUAUGCAGUUCUCCGAAGAGGAAGCUAAUAAACCCGCGGGACCACCAACGAGCCUUGUAAACGACAUUACUCGCGCCAAUGGAAGAACUGGACCCCCUCCACCAACCAACUCUUGGGGAAUCGUUCAGACAAGGAAGACUCAGUUCAUCACUCCAGACAGAAAGAAUUUUUACGUGAAUGGAUAUAAUUCGUGGGGCUUGGCGGGAAGAGGGGGAACUCCGGAGGGAAGACAGCGGGUUAUAAACCUACUCGAUGCUGGUCAAGCAUUGGGCCUCACGGUUGUGCGCAUCAUGGCUGGUAAUCUGGGUGCUUUUGUAGUCCAGAGUGGUCCUUCCAACUUCUCCGAAACAGCAUUGAGGGACUUCGACUGGCUGAUGAACGAGUGUUCCAAGCGGCAGAUUCGUCUGCUGGUUAUGUUUGGCAAUAACUGGAGUAUUAAACUUCAGUACCAAAGCUGGUUACCUGCAAAUGAGAGAGGAACCUCGGAAGACGUUUUCUACACCAACCCCAGAGCAAAAUCCUGGUUCAAGGGACUCCUUAGCAAGGUCAUCACCAGGAACAACACUGUCAAUGGCAUUAAAUACAGUGACGAUCCAACAGUAUUCGGCUGGCAGCUUUUGAAUGAGCCUCGUUGCAACAGCGACAAGACAGGAGCUAGUUUAAUCUCAUGGACAAGUGAAAUGGCCGCCUUUGUGAAAAGCCUAGACAGGAAACACAUGGUAUCCAUUGGCAGCGAGGGUUUCUAUGGCCCCUCUCUCCCGCAGCGCGUUUAUGCCAACUCUGGACCUGGAUGGCCUGCAGAGCAAGGAAAUGACUUCGUUGCUGAACAUCGCGUCGCAAAUAUUGAUUUCGUCACUGUGCAUUUAUAUGCGCAGCUCUGGAUGGGUGAGACAGACGAUGCGAAGUUUGUAUUUGCGGAUAAGUGGCUCAAAGCCCAUCUACAAGAUGGAAGGGGGGGUAUCAAAAAGCCGAUGUUGAUCGAGGAGUUUGGAUGGAUGACAGACAUUCCAAAGCGUGACCUGAUGUUCCGCCAGGUUUUUGCCUACAGUCUCAAUGCCACGAAAGCGGGCUAUAGUGCCGGCACUCUGUUUUGGUCAUUCGAGGACCAUGAUGGCACGUGGAACGUGAACUUCAACACACAUGCUUCAACCUUAAAGAUUGUAAAAGAGCACAGUGACAAUCUUCGGAAGCUGUCAAGAUAAAUAAAGUAAAGCACUCCACUACAGAUGCGUCGAUUGAUACCGGAAUGCGAAUUCGGUUUUCAUUUCGUUAUAAUUAAUCAAGGCGGGACGUGGACGGAAUCGGAAUCAUGUCAUCUCUUUCGAUCACAUGGGAUCGAAUUGGUAAUCGUUAAGCCGCCUCCCCAAGCCUAUCACCCUUACAGUCGUACAAAUACUUUUUGGGGCGGCAAAGGGUAAUCAUGCUCCGUGGAAAAGAAAACGGGUCUUCAUUGGGAUCUCCUCCUUACGUUUUCCAACUCGCACGUGCUGGGUGAGAGGAUGCAAUGAAUUUGGACCUUAAGUAGGUAGUGAGUGAUCUUCAAGGCCAAGAAAGAUCAAAUGCAGCCGGACGAUGACAAUAAAAAAACAGUGAUCGUGAUGAUGAUGAUGAGGAUGAUGAUGAUGAUGAUGAUGAUGAUGAGGAGGAGGAGGAGGAGGAGGAGGAGGAGGAGGAUGGGGAUUAUGGAGGCAUGAUGAUGAUGAUGGGAUGGGUCUAGAGCAAGGAGUGUCCGUCCAUCCGUAAAUCAGAGGGGCUUGGGGAGACAUGAACCUACCAAUGGACCCAGUAGGAACUUCUCCCUCUGGUCCUUUGGGGCUAGAAAGAAAGAAGGGAAUUAUGGUCCUUUGGGGCUAGAAAGAAGGGAAUUAUGGUCCUUUUGGGGCUAGAAAGAAGGGAAUAUCACAAUUAAUAAUCCUUUUUUUUUUUUUUUUUGAACUUCCUAAGAGGAUUGAUAUAUUGCAUAAUAGAAUUUUCACAAAGUUGUAGGUAGGACAUAGGCAUCUUCCUCAAAUAAGUACACUACAUAUUAGGCCCUUGCACGGAGAAAGGAGAUAGGAGAAGGCAACGGUAGUCCCUUGCAAAAUGAAAGGGAACGGGGCCAACGGGGGAGGCACUGGACAAAGGGAAGGUAGUUGAAAAUGGCAGUGAGAGAGGGAGAGAGAGACUGAACCCCCUGGGGUUGUGAAGUAAGUUAUGUUAACUUAUUUAUCCAUGUCGAAUAGUUAUUAAGGAGAUGUUGAGUGAGAAGCGCGAUGGAGAUGUCACGUGAAUUGUUAAGGAGAUGAAUGCAUGCAUGGCAUUAGUGGACAAUGGAUAACUUUCUUUAUUUCUAAUUGUUUUUUUUUCCUUUUUUUAUUUGGGGGAGGAGGGGGGGAGGAGGGGGGGGGGGGGAAGGAAGGGGGGGGGAGGAGGAACUUGAUCAUAAAUCGGAUUGGGGAACAUUGUUAAUAAGAUUUUCAGUUGUUUUCCUUUUAUUUUGUUUUUGAUUGAUAAAUAUAUUUAGAAAAGGGGACAAUGGGGGGAGGGGGGGGGGGGGGGGGGGGGGGGGGGUAAAGAGGGGAGGGGUAGUAGGCCUUGGGGAGUUUCAUUCGAUCUGAUCUCCCAUUCUUCCGUCCUUAGGCUAAUGUUAAAGUUAGUUAAACGUCUAUUGUCGCAGGGUUGUGGAUUCCGUCUAUUGUCGCAGAGUCGUCCAUUUUAUUAAUCAGCCUUCGUUCCUUCAUGAUUAUAGAGCUAUGAGGAAUUUUGUGUCUUUAGGAUAGACAAAGGAUGUAAUGCCAGACGGUAGGAUGUUGUUGACGGUGGAGAGAUCGCUUUUAGCUUGAUUGAAGUUGAUUCACAUCUCUGGAGUUUUUUUCAUAGAAGAGGUGAAGGAUGGCAUUUCUAUCUAGCAGACUAGCUGUUUAAAUGAGCCUUUCACGGGCAUGGAGUUUUGACGAUGGCAUUGUCAUCGAUCAUUGCAUUUUUAUUGAUGAAUUGCAUUGUUAUCGAUGGUUGCGUUUUUAUUGAUGAUUGAUUGCAAUCAUCACAUGUACACCCUUAUUGUCG